UUUGCUGCACUUCAAUCAUUAUCUUGGAGCGAAAAGAGCAGGAUUAAACUUUUUUUUUUCAUUUUAUUUUUGGAAGUUUGUUGUAUUUUUUUUGGUCUUACCAGCCAUCAUCAUGAUGUCCUACUUGAAGCAGCCCCCUUACACGGUGAACGGACUCAGUUUGUCCGCCCCUGGGGUGGAUCUGCUGCACCCUUCCGUGGGAUACCAAGGCACACCUCGGAAGCAGCGGCGGGAAAGGACUACCUUCACCAGGGCCCAGCUGGACAUACUGGAGAAUCUGUUCAUCAAGACCCGCUAUCCGGACAUCUUCAUGAGGGAAGAAGUAGCCCUCAAGAUCAACCUGCCUGAAUCCAGAGUGCAGGUAUGGUUCAAAAACCGAAGGGCCAAGCACCGCCAGCAGGCCCAGCAGACCCAAAGCGGAGCACCGAGCAAAGCGUCCAGCACCAAGCCAGUGAAAAAGAAGGCCUCCCCGGUGCGGGAGGCCAGCUCGGACAGCGGGGCGAGCGGCCAGUUCACGCCGCCCUCCAACGCCUCUCUGCCGGUCGUAAGCAGCGCAGCAGCACCGGUGUCCAUCUGGAGCCCGGCUUCCAUUUCGCCUCUAUCCGACCCCAUGUGCACUUCCUCGGCGUCCUCCUGCAUGCAGCGCUCCUAUCCGGUGACGUACACGCAAGCUACGUCGGCCUACAACCAGGGCUACACGGGCUCGUCGUCCUUUUUCCCCGGCAUGGACUGCGGCUCGUAUCUCUCUCCGAUGCACCACCACCAUCAGCUGAGCUCCGCUAUGAGCCCAAUGAGCGGUGGAAGCGGCAGUGGGGUGUCCAACCAUCUGAGCCCGGCGUCGUCGCUCUCCUCAUCGGCGUACGGCUACGGAGGCACCGCCGACUGCCUGGACUAUAAAGACCAGACGGCUUCGUCCACAUGGAAGCUCAACUUCAACGCGGAUUGUUUGGAUUAUAAAGAGCAGCAAGCGGCGUGGAAGUUCCAGGUUUUGUGAUCCGACUUCCACGCCCCGGAGGGGGGACUCCUCUUCUACCUCUGGCGGACAAAGCAGGACUGGGGCUUCUUUUUCUCCUUUUCGCCUGAGCAGUCACACUGCCAACUUUGAUCAAGGACAUGGAACGUUUCCCCAAAUUAAGGGUGCAACUUUUUCUGGGAAGGGGGAAAAGUUUUAAUAAGCUCAUUAUGAGUCAUGAUCAAAGUUGGUGUGUGCGAGACCUCUGAUGGAUGCACUACUUAAUUUAUGACAAAUGUGUUUCAAACGAAAGACAAUCAAAACUUUCCCCGUCUUCACCCAGUUUUGUUUUUUUCAAUGUUAUUCUGAAAUCAUCUCAUCCUUUUUUUCCUAUUUGUUUUCAAGCAGCUGUUUAAUGACAAAUUAUUAUAGUUAAAAGGGGACUAUGCAGGUAAAGCUGUAUUUAAAAGGACAGACACACCCUCAGUAAUAAAAAGAAAUAAAUAAACAUGA